CCUGGGUCACCCUGCUGGGCUUCCUCUACCGGUCUGGUCCUGCCCCCCGCCCCCUUCGGGCCAGGUCCUGUCCUGUCCCCGGGCACGGCGUCACCCUGCUGGGCUUCCUCAGUGAGUGAGACCGCUUCUGCCCAGCUGCCCCUGGGUCACCCUGCUGGGCUUCCUGUACCGGUCUGGUCCUGCCCCCCGCCCCCUUCGGACCAGGUCCUGUCCUGUCCCCGGGCACGGCGUCACCCUGCUGGGCUUCCUCAGUGAGUGAGACCGCUUCUGCCCAGCUGCCCCUGGGUCACCCUGCUGGGCUUCCUGUACCGGUCUGGUCCUGCUCCCCGCCCCCUUCGGACCAGGUCCUGUCCUGUCCCCGGGCACGGCGUCACCCUGCUGGGCUUCCUCAGUGAGUGAGACCGCCCCGGCCCAGCUCCCCGCCAGCCCCAGCUUGUCCCCCCUACUCCAGGUAUGGGGUCACCCUGUGGGGGCUCAUCACAAUGUGAGACCUGAUCCACUCCCCCCACGCACCUCUUCUGGUCCCUCCACUCGCCCCAGGCAUGGCUAUGGUGUCAUUCUUCUGGGUUUCCUCAGUGAAACACCCAGGGACACCUUCAGUCCCAGGAGCCACAUUGACCCAUGCCCAGGGGUUUGGAGCCCACCUCUAAGCUGGGCCCAGUGGGGACCAGUGUAGAUGCCCGCAUGUUUAAUAUCGAGCCACUGAACAGCAGCCACCUGUCCCCGAUUAGCCUUGUUCCAUACUAAGAUUCAUGCCCCUGCCCCAACCUGGGGGCAGCCUACCAGAGUGGCAGUGGCCAGCCUUAUAUUCCAAACGUAAGCGCUUUUCAGAUGCUCACACUGACACCUCUCAGCGUGCUACAUCCCUGUGAUCCAAGUGUUCCCUGGGCGGGGUGAUUAUUGGUCUCAGUAUGAGAGCUGAUCGCUGGUUCCUUCACUCAGAUCAAAGUACUGCCUUCUGUGUAUGCUCAUCUCAGUAUUCUAGAUGUUCUCUACUUUGAACUGGGUCAGUAAUUGUAGGGAUGUGUUUCAUAUUAAAAUGGAGUUUUUUCUAAAUUUGCCCUUGCUUUACAAGUUUCAUAAUAUGCCCUGUUAUAGUAACACUCUUGUGUAUGUGUUCAAUAAACAUCUGGCUGUAGAACAGUUUCUUUUUCUUCCAGGCACAAAGCCACAUAGUGACAUUUUGUGCAAUGAAAAGAUACACAUUGUAUCUAUUUCAGAACUUAAAGUAUUGCAAGUUGGUCCUAAGAUUUUCCAGUAUAUUACAAAAGUUAUUGCACAGGCAAUACAACUGUUCUAUACAAUGCUGAAGAUAGAUCGGCCAUCUUAUAUUCUUCUUCAGGUAUGAAAAGCUUUUUGGACGUCUAUCUGACUACAACUUUUGUGUGACUAAUGCAAUGAAAGAAGAUCUACAGAUGAAUUGUAACAUCAAAGCAAUAACCCUCUAUGACAAGCCAGCUGCUUUUUUUAAGGAAACACCAUUAGAACUCCAGCAUAAAUUGUACAUGAAACUUGCCAAAGACUAUGCUCCAUUUAAAAGAGGAACAGACUCCAUACGUCCAGUUGUUGAGAAGUCUGCAUUUACAGAACUAGACAUCGGAAAUGGAAAUGUGACACAAGUCAAAGAAAGACCAGCUCUUCUCAUCAGCAGCACCAGCUGGACAGAGGAUGAAGAUUUUUCUAUUCUUUUAAAAGCUUUAGAAGAUUAUGAAGAGUAUGUCAGUGAUGGAAUCAAGCUUCCUUCUUUAGUAUGUGUGAUAACAGGUAAAGGGCCUCUAAAAAAGCACUACAACAGACUGAUAGACAAAAUGCACUUUAAACACAUCCAGAUCUGUACACCGUGGCUAGAAGCUGAGGAUUACCCUGUUCUACUUGGCUCAGCAGAUUUGGGUGUCUGUCUCCACAAAUCAUCUAGUGGCUUGGAUCUGCCUAUGAAGGUGGUGGAUAUGUUUGGCUGUUGUUUACCUGUAUGUGCAGUACAUUUCCAGUGUUUACAUGAACUUGUGAAACAUGAUGAAAACGGCUUGAUAUUUAGGGACUCGAAUGAACUUGCAGAACAGCUGAAGAUGCUCUUAUUAGAAUUUCCUACAGCUGAAAGUAAACUUUAUAUGUUCAGAAGAAAUCUUCGGGCAUCCAAGCAGCUGCGUUGGGAUGAGAGCUGGGAACAGACUGUGCUUCCUGUGUUUAGGAACAAUUAAUGGUUUUCAAAAAAUGGACAAAAGAAUUUGCACUUAUGAUUUUCACAUUCCCAAGUUUGGUUAUACAUGAUGGAAAUGGUGAAUAAAAUCUUUAUAUUUGGUCUUA